GGGUCUGCGCUCGUGCUUUUAGCCUCAUAACCAGCUAGUUAGCUUGUCUGCUGUUGGUAAAUAUGAACAGCAUUAUUGAAGGGAAAAACGUCAAAGUCUUUGGUAAGGCUAUUAUUGCGCUGUCACGGAUUGGAGAUGAGCUGUGGCUGGACCCCAUGGUCAAAGGGCUGGCUCUGAGAUCAGUCAAUUCUGCUCAUUCGGCAUAUGGCGGUUUCCUGUUCUCACCCUUGUUCUUCCAGCAGUACAGCUUGGGAUCAGUUUUAAAGCAGGGCAGUGAGGUAAUCAAAUGCAAACUGCUCAUGAAGUCAGUGCUGCCACUGUUCCGGAGUCUGACCUCCAUUGAGCGCAGUGUGGAACGCUGUCUUAUAUCAGUCAGCACUGCCACUGAUCGAGUAAUAAUCCAGUUUUUCUGCAGACAUGGCAUCAUUAAAACCCACAACAUACAUUUCCAGGAAAGUGAAGCUCUACAGGCAGUGUUUGCAUCACACCUCUGUCCUAAUGUGCUGAAGGCUCCAGGCAGGCUUUUUGCUGAUCUGGUGAUGCACUUUCCCCUGUUUCAGGAAGAAAUCACUCUGUCCAUCACUGCAAUAAAAGUCAGUCUCAGAAAUGACCAGGACGGUGGAAAAGGUCACAUGAAGACGAUGUACACAGAGAUGUCCUUACACCCAGACGAGUUUGACUACUUUCAGAUCGGGCUGGACUCUGACAUAACUUUCUGUCUGAAGGAGUUAAGGGGAAUAUUGUCCUUUGCAGAGUCUCACAGCCUUUCAGUGUCAGUAUACCUUGGUGCAGCAGGAAAGCCAGUGUGCUUCUCUGUGGAAGAUGGGGUCCUUGAGGCAACUGUGCUGCUGGCAACGCUGAUGGAUUCUGAAAGCAAUGACCGUUCACCAGCAGAACCUCUAAGCCCCACAACACUCAGGUGUGAAAACUCCUCAGCUCAACCUGUGGAUGUGUUUGAGGAACCCAGCAGCAUGCAUCACAACAUACCUGAUGAGAUGAUUGCAUCCAGCCAGGCCGGCACUAUAAUCAGCUCUCCCAAGCGAAUGCGUCUACACCCUCAGAUCAUGGGGCGUACCUGCCUCGGUGUAGCCAGCAAGGAAUGCAGCAGUGCCUCCACAAGUCCUGCAUCUACUAAGGUUUGUUCCCUUCUGUUCAAAGCCUUGUCCUCUGAGCAGGAUGCUGGUGGCCGUGCUGCCCGACUGCCUGUUCUGGCAUGUUACAGUGAUGAAGAAAACCCUGAUGACAACCAUCCAAGAAGCUCUUCACGAUGAGAGAUUAUGCAAGUCAUUUGUCAUAACCUCGUGUGAUUUCUGCUAAAAACAAGGCAACAUUGUUAUGGAUUCACAAUGUUCAUCUGAUGAUUAAUCUAUUGUUCAGAUGUUUUAAGAAUAUUGUUAACAUUACAAAAACAGGUUUUACUUUUGUUUUUGUUUAAUAAUUGUCCAAAUCUUCAACAUUUUGACAUAAUUCCCCCGUUUCUGAUACCUGAUGUCUCAGACAUGGAAACUGCCCUAGAUUUUGUCUGAAAAUAUUAACACAAAGCUGACAUACGUGCCUGUUGUUGGCAACUUGUAGCGUUCCUGAUAUCUGUGGAAGGACACAUCUUGUUCAAAGUGUUCGUGAACUUGAUGUUAUCCCGUUCAUCCAAAACAACCCGACCUCAGAGGUCAACCUAAAGGCAUCCAGCCAACAGGUAGUGAAACAAAUAACAAGCAAAAACAAUCUUUGUAAACAGAAAAGUGAGAACAUUUUAAAUAAAUACUAUUAUCUUUA